AUGGAACGCCCUCGGAACCGCCAGCCGCGGCCACCGAGAGGAAACGACCGCGGCGGCCGUGGCGGCAGAGGCAGAGGAGGUGGCGGACAGCAUCACAGGCCUCCAGCCACGCCGCAGCAGGCCGCCGGAACGGUGCCUACAAUCCGACAAGUCGUGCCCGGCGCCGGCGUCUUCAUCAUUCUCAAGGAGGAUCAACCUACGGGGCGGGAGACGCGCGGCGUGGUGGACGAGGUGCUCACCGCGGGCAACCAUCCGCGGGGCAUCAAAGUGCGACUGCGCGACAGCCAGGUCGGCCGAGUUCAGCGCCUCGACAAGACGCCGAGCAAUGGAGAGGAUUUGCCGUCUUCCGAGAACGACACGGGAUUGACGACUGAAGGUCCGGCGCGCAGAGGCGGCGGCAGUACGAGGUUUUCACAUCGAUACACGGAUGUGCGCAACGACGACUAUCUGGAGGGGCCGCCGGAGAGGAGCCUGGCAGACUUUCUGCCCCCGGGCUUUGGAGAAUCUACGGCCCCAAAGCAGGCGGCAGCCCCGACGGUGACUUGUCCCAUGUGCCAGGACUUUGAGGGCGACGAGACGGCAGUGACGCAUCAUAUAGACCAGGUGCAUCUCAGUUGA